UCUCUCAGGAUCACCAGCCAUGUCCCUCCCGACCACCUUCAGAAUCACAGUGUGGGGGCUUCUGUGGGCUGCUCGCUGGGAGCUGCAGGUCCAAGCUGAUGGACCGCUCCAGGCUCCCACCCUGUCUUUCAAAUCGCCCCCCGACGGCAGUGACAUUCAGCUGUUCUCGAGGGUGACCCUGCUGUGCACCCCCCCAUACAGAGCCCCCUAUCCCAUGGUCGUAAUUCUGGGGAGGGACACCCAGCCCCGCGUGGAGGUGACGAGAUACCCUCUCAGGUCGUCCUCCUCUGCCCUGUUUUACCUGCAAGCCUCGGCGGAAAACGAAGGCACCUUAGUCUGCUGGUACAACGUCAGCCGGACCAGAGAGAUGUCUGCGUCCAGCAACCCCCUCAACAUUACCAUCUCCUCUCUUCCCCCUCCGAUAGCUUCAGUGGACCCAUUCUUCAUUCGUAUCGGAGGAAACUACACAGUGUACUGCAAGGCCUCCGGAGAGUUCUUCAACUUCACCCUCAGUCUCUACGUCCGUGACCUGCUGGGCCCCGGGGCCGACGCACCCCCGGAGCUGCUGGGCUCCGUCACUCUGGAGGACAACACAAGACUCCUCGUGGCCACCAGCAAAAAGAUGGAUGCCAAGGUCAUGCUGGAGUACCUCUGCAAGAUGGAGCUCACCUACAACCAGCGCCUGUAUCAGUCUCCCUUCUCCCCCGCUGCCUUAGCCAGCGUAGAGGAGGCCCCAGUGCGCCUGGUCUCCCGGUUCCGGAGCAGCCGCUGUGGGGGGCGGCUGGAGGUGUUUGUGCGGAACGCCUGGUCCGUCGUCUGCCAGGGGGCGAACACGGACCCUCUGAACCGGGAGCUGGCGCGCGUGGUCUGCAGGGAGAUGGGCUGCGGAGAUGUGGCCAUCCAAAGCGUGCUGACCAUCUCCAACCCCCGACCGGGCACGGUGUUCGUGGGGCCGGUGGAAUGCAGCGGGGAGGAGGCCCGGGUCCGAGACUGCCGCAUCACUGCUGUCGGGGACUCCUACCCGAGAGGAAAGCAGCCGGAGAUCGUCUGCACAGAUUUUCCUCAGGCUCCGGAGCUCUCGGUCCCUGGUUACGGUCGUGUUUCCAGUAUUUAUGUCCAUGAAAAAAGCCCGCUAGUGCUCUCCUGUAUGGUGACCUCUCAGUGGAUGGUCGAUAAUGGUCUGAUGGCGGAGCUACGCAUACAGGACGUGACCAGUCAGAGGACCUUCACCUACUCGACGGUGUUGGCUGGAGAGGCCGUGACGACCGAGCUGAGUCCGCCGGUGAGACCUGGGGAGUACGCGUGCUACGCGGUGUACCACGGGUUCAACCUCCACGUGGAGUCCAAGCUGAGCAACCGCCUGACCGUCACCACCGGGACCUGGAUGCCACCAAGUUCUGGAGUCAUAGUUGGUGCUCUGCUCACAACUCUGAUUGGAGCUGGGAUUCUGCUGUAUGUGUGCUUGUGUCGUUCAAGCAAAGAGAGCUCGCAGACUCCAGCGCAGACAAACACAGACAACCCCGCAAGCACCCCAGAGGCAACCUCAGAGAACCCUGUGUUCAUCCAAGAACAAUAACGCAUGUUGGAAUCCAUUGUGCCAUUUAAUGUAAUAUAUAAUUUACAGUAUGUCAAAAUAAUAUACUGUGGUGCUUUUCAGUAUAUGAAUUCAAUACCCUUUUGAACCACUUGGAGGUGUUCUAUAUCAGGGUUUCUCAACCUUUUGCCUACUGCGACCCACUUUUUUGUAUGCCAGUCAUCCACGACCAACUACGGGGAGAAAUAAAGAAAUAAAUCACUGAAAUGCCUCUUUAGACCCAGGCUACAGUACAGUAUAUGAUUAUUAUAAUUAAUUUCACGAAAACAUACAAACAUUUUCAAUCAUUAGGCAGACUAAUUUUACUCACGUUAAUGUGACACUUGAGACUGCUGCUCUGAAAUGAUAUCCAGGCACGGUGGAAUUGGGGAAAGGGCGACAUACGACAUUCGAAAAUACGAUUCGACAGUACUGUCGCCCAAAUACCGCAAUGAGCCUUGUAUGAAGUGGCCUUACGGGCUGCGCCGGCAUCCCCCAGUUCUAUACUCCUGGGGCGAUGGGCAAUUUGCACUAAGCUUCGCUUCCCCGCGCAGGUUUGAUGGCUUGCGAAUUUCGCGCCACAUCACAGCCAGCAUUUUGACUACACCACGCUGCUAGCAAGUUUGAUUCGAGAUUUCUGGAAGAUGGGCGUGGCCUUUAUCCCUACUUGAAGGUGAUUGGCUUUCGCCAGGUGAAAUUUUCACUCGAGUUGAACAUUUCUAACUCAAGCGAACGCUCAUUUGGCGUCGCUCGCAGUUUCGCCGCGAACUCCGCCCAUUCGCCUCCUGCCUUUGACUUUUCAUGCGUUCGCGUCGCUCGUAAAUUUUCGCGUUCGGUUAAAACACACCAGAGAAAUUCGCGACCCCCUGCAGAAUGAUCCGCGACCCGGUUGAGAAACCGUGUUCUAUAUUAUGUAUUUUUUCUCUAAGAAGGCAUUAUUGAAUCUGUGUUAGAUGGAACUUCUGUACGUGUCAUGACUGCACUAAAAAGUGCAAAUGGUUGAAAGUGAUAUAACUGUCAAAGUGAAUAAAGAUAUAAAACAG